ACACAAACUCACAAACAAACAGAGAGAAAGAAAUCAAUUCCAUCGGAAACAAAACAGAAAAGGAAAGGAAAGGAAAGGAAAGGAAAGACUUCUGUUUCAGCGGAAGGUGAAAGAAAAUGGCGUUGUACCUGGAUGAAGAAGAGGUAUGGAAAUGUCCAAAGCACCCUUCCAAGCGACGGAGGAGCGGGAUUUGUCCAAUUUGCCUCCGCGAUCGACUCGUCACUCUCUGCCCUGACUGCGCUAACGUGCGACCGUGCUCCUGCUGCGCAACCAGCUCGUCUUCUUCUUCCUCCUCCUCUUCGUCCUUCCAUCGUUUCUCCGUCACCGGCGACGCCUCUACCGUCGGUCGCGUCUACAACCUCAUAGAGCGUGAGCCCUCGCUCCGCCGCUCGCGCUCCCUGGCGAUUCCGUUUCUCCGCUCAAGAUCGAGGUUCUCCGGCGCCGAUUCGGAUCUCGACGGCGCGAGAGAUUCACCGGCUAUGAACGGGAGCCGGUCGGCGAGGUCGUUCUGGUCUUUGUUCAGGUCGCACAAGAACUACAGGGAGCACGAGAGCGAGGCGACGGCGGCGUUGGCCGUCGGAGACUGCGACGGCGGCAUAGAUGCAAGUAGGAAGACGAUGAUGCAGAAGUCGAGGUCGGUGGCGGCGGCUCCCAGCGGAGACAGAGAAUUGAGGCCGCGGUCAAAGGGAAAGGGAUGGUUCUUUCCGAGCCCUAUGAAGGCUUUCCGGCAAUCCAAGGUGUCUAAAGUGGUUCAGGAGCGUUCUCCUUUGUACAGAGGUUGAAAUUUUUGUAUAUUCAAAAAAUAAAAAAAUAAUAACAAUACUUACUUUAUAUUUACUCAAAAAUAAUUCUCCUUUUCUCUUUUGUGUUUAGUUCAGCAUUUAUUUUAAAAUCAUAUAUAAUCUCAAUCCUACCCUUAGUGUCUGGCCUCAAGGUUUGGCCGGAAAUGUUGAAAUUCCUAUACAAAUUAGAGAUACAGAUUAUUCGAAUGAGUAUUGUUGUUUA